GUUUUUUUUUAUCUGUCAAAAUACAAGGAAACUACCUACUCUAGGCGAAAGCUAAGUUGUUUUAAAUUUCGCAAAUAUUAACAGUGGUUUAGAGAAAUGAAACGAAGUUUAACUUGAAAAAAACACUGGCAUAUCUAUACAAAUGUUUUUAUAUUAAGAGCAACUUCAAAGUGUAGCACGAAUCGUUGUAGCAUCGCCACAAAACCAAAAUAAAGACACUAGAUUCCGUUCCGACUACAUCCAUAGCAUUAGGAAUAUCGUCAUGCCCUGUAUCGCUCCGACAUGUCUGCGUACCGAUGAAAAAAUGAGAUCGUUCCCCGAUGAUCAAUCACUCGCUACGAGAUGGUUAGAAGCGGUUGAGGCGGGCUGCGGAUAUUCGAUGCAGUUAGCAUUAAACGACCAACAUCCGGAAAUAUGCAGUUUGCAUUUUUUAUCUUCGAGCUCCGAUGUAUACAGCUAUGAAGAACCAUCCAGAUUCGUGUAUCGUGACGGAACUAGUACACAAAUUGGUAGCUGCCGAAUGUGUCUAGCUUUUUAUCUCAGCGAGGACAUGGUUUCACUAGAAGGUAGUAUAGGCGAGGAAAAUAUCACAUCUCUACUGGAAUUCUUGGGUGUCAGUCUUCACGAUAAUCAUUUCCUUCAACUGAUUUGUUUGCCGUGCAUCGCCCAAAUUGAAAUAUUCACAACCCUUCAGACAAAGUUUACACAGUCGGAACUUAACUUUCGGGAAUUAUUGCAGAAAAGUCGAAACAUUGAACAGCAUUUAAACAUCAAAGUAGAAGAAACUGACUCACCACAAGGUUAUGAUAUGCGAGAGGAUGCUUCGAUGGAAGAUUCCAUAAAGCCAGAGUUUGUUAUCAAUCAGGACUCCAGUGACGAAGAGUACGUUCUUAUAACGCAUCAAAAUCGUUCGAAUCGGGCAAGAAAAAAAGUUUCUUGCCAGACAAGACCCAAGAACAAAAAAUCAACUAAACAAACAAUCAGUUUGAAGGAAAAAUUAGAACGGAAAUGCUAUAUAUGCAAUACUGUUCAGCUAGAUGCCAACCAGUUGAUGGCUCAUCUAACCAAAACACACACCUCCGAAAAGGGCUAUCGAUGCGUAGAAUGUUCACUGGAUAUCCCUCUGCUAUAUGCGUACAACCGUCACCUCAGCCGGCACGACGAAUCGGAACGGCCGCUUAAGUGUAGCAUGUGUUCCAUGCGCUUUGUGUCUCAUUUUCAGGUCAAAGUACACGAAAAUAAAAUGCAUGGUGCGAACCACGACGUUAAACCUGGUGUGAGCAAAUCUCGCGAAAUGGUAUGCGACCAGUGUGGUAAAAUAAGCGACAACCGAAGCAUUAAAGAACACAUCCGACAAGUGCACCAGAAAACAAGCCAACCGAAAUGCAAUAUAUGCGACAAAACGUUCACGGCAAAACCAAGCCUCGAACGACACAUGCUUUUGCACACAAACGCCAAACCUUACAGCUGUGACCAAUGUGGGGCGACCUUCCGGCGAUUACUUGAUUAUCGGCACCAUAAGAGUAUAGUGCACGAUGGGGUUAAUCCCCAUGUUUGCUCCGAAUGUAAUCAGGAAUUUAAAAACUAUCAGCAACUGUACGUUCACAAGCAAAAAAUCCAUCAGAAGAAAAUUCCCAUAUCCCAGUACUACCAGCAGUACGAGACUUGCAAGCUUUGUCGGAUGCGAUUCGCGAAGGGCAGUGAACUAAUGGAGCACAUUCGGAAAGAGCACACAGAAGAGCAAUACCCGGUGCUUAAGUGCCCACAUUGUCCGAAAACGUUUAUGUUGUCGAUGCGGCUAGCGACCCACAAGCUUAUACACUCUGAUAGGUACGCUUGUAAGGAGUGCGGCGCUCGUCAUGUCGACAAGAAGAAACUACAGUAUCACAUGGAUCUGAAGCACUCGGAUGGACGUUUGUAUACUUGUGCCGAAUGUCCUAGAACAUUUACCAGCCUGCAUCAGCUUAACCUGCAUAAUGCCAUCCACACCAAAGGAAAGCAGUUUCAGUGCGACUUCUGCACGAAAUCGUUUCUACGAAAGUGUCAGCUGGUAAUUCACACACGAACUCAUACGGGCGAGAAACCGUUCCAAUGUGAAGGAUGCUUGAAGCGUUUUAGCGACGAUGGGACUUUUUGCAAGCACAAAAAACGCUGCCAGGCGCUGCUCGCCAAAGCAGUCUCCAAAUCGGGGUACACAGAGUAUGAAGACAAAUAACGCAGGGUUUGAUUGAGUUUAGAAGCAUACACGAAACGAACGGCGUUUGUUCAUUAUUAUAUAUAAAAUUUAAAAUAUAUAUAAAUGGAACUCAAACUUAA